AUGAGACCCAAUUUCGCCGCCCGCCCCUCCGCCGCGGCGCGCGCCCUUCCACAGGGCCGCUUCUCCGCCACCGGAAGUCCCCCAGAGCGCGGGGGCUCACUUCCGGUUGAGCUGCACCACUUCCCCUUUAAUGCGGGGGAGCCAAAUAUUCACGUCCUCACCGUUCCCACCCCAAACAACGCCUUCCUCCCGAUUUUUCCCUACGAGAAAAUCCUCACUGUUUCCUUCUGCAGUGUUACGGCGCUCAAAUGUCCUCUCCAGGGCACCACAAAGGACCCCCCCACACCCCAACCGGGCACCCAAAGACCCCCCCAGGACCCCCCCAGGAGCCUCCAUUUGCACCGCCACGAGCGCGAGGCCUUCUUCGCCCUGCUGGAGGACAGCGUGGUGCAGGAGUUCCUCUCCACAGAUGUCUGCUAUAGGAUUUCUGAUAAGUAUUUAUUGGCCAUGGUGCUGACGUACUUCAAGCGCGCCGCGCUGCCCACCAGCAAAUACACCCGCAUCAACCUCUUCACUGCGCUGUACCUGGCCAACGACAUGGAGGAGGAUGAGGAGGAGCACAAAUACGAGAUCUUCCCCUGGGCUCUGGGCUGGGGUUGGCGCCGCCUCUUUCCCCGCUUCCUCCGCCGCCGGGACCGCCUCUGGGCCCGCAUGCACUACAGGGCUGCAGUCAGCAGGCACUGCUGCGACGAGAUCAUGGCCUCCGACCCCUCUCACUGGGCUUGGCUCCGUGACCGCCCUCCGCAGCACAGCGGCGCCACGCGCCCCUAUGGGAGAGCCCUCCGGGACCCCCACCCCUCCAGCUGCCCCCGCUGCUGCCCCCCCCCCCACCACCGCCCCCCAGGAGGAGGAAGAGGAGGAGGAGGAGGAAGAGCACAGCACUCCAUGGGCGCCCUCCAUGGUCAUCCUCCCACUGCAGAGUACGUCCCCGCUUUCCAACUGUGCCGAAACGCGUUGAUUUCACCCCAAAAAUCAGCUGGGGGGGGGGGGGGGGGGGCUGAGGUUGGGGCAGGCAUCCCCAACACUUUCCUUGCAGCUCACAGUGCUGAUUUCUGUGCUUUUUAACCCCAAAUCUCUUUGGUUGGUGUCAAACUGAGCUGCUUUGCAGUACUGAUGGUUUUUUUUGAGGUGGUUUUCUCUAUUUUUAUGACUCACGAGGAGGGGAAAAA